CUAAUCUGCUAUUUCUCUGCUCUCUUUUGGCUUAGUGAUUUUCUUUAAAAUACAUAAUACUUAUUCGUGUUGAAACGACUGCAUCGGACAAAACGGCCAAGGCACGAUCUCUGCUCACUCUAACCUGCCAUGGCUUCCACCGCAGGAUCUGUUGCCGCAGAAGGCAGACAUCCUCUUCAGAAGCUCUCUUCGCCGUCUUUUGGCAUUUCCGCAAUGGUCCAUUUAGCCGGUCUCUCGAGCUUUAUCGCGUCGUUCAAAUUUAUGGUCGAUCAUCCAAAUUUUGCAAACGAAGCAUAUGGCUGGCACUUCCAGUACCUGACGAUCAUUGGCAUUACCUUGGCGACCAUGACAUUCACCGCGGGCCUGGCUGCCGAUUUGCUCUCAUCUCGCCGGCUGUUCCUCGUCAAGAAUAUACUAUCCGUGUGUGGCACCCCGCUUGAGGUGUUGAUAGCUGUGCUGUACUGGGGGCUAAAGAUGGUCGACGAGAAGCUGGUUGUCCCAGAGUGGGCAGAAACGGCGCUGAUACCGGAUCUCGGGUUCCACGCGGUCCCCGCACUGGCCCUGGUAAUUGAUCUGCUGCUGUUCUCGCCUCCGUGGACCAUCACGGCCAUGCCGUCGUUCGGCCUAGCUACUUCCAUCGCCUUUGCUUACUGGUUCUGGGUCGAGCAGUGCUACAGGUAUAACGGAUGGUAAGUUUUUCACUCCUGAACCCCAAGGUGGCCGCGCCGGCAGUUAAUGACCGUGUUCCAUGAUUUCCCCUUGUUUUCUUUUUUUCCCAAAAUAAACAGGUAUCCAUAUCCCCUAUUUGAGAAAUUGACCACACCGUGGCGAGUGGCGCUGUUCCUCGUCAGCGCUGCGUUGAUGACCCUAAACACGGCCCUGCUCAAGUGGCUCUAUUCCAAGGUGAACGGAGAGCACAAGCCAGCCAUGUCCGAGGCCCAGUUUGAUAAGGAGCAGAAAGCGACAAACGGGUCACUGAAGGGUAGCUAGGUUAACUCAGCUAGACGAGGGAGCCCAGCACUAAUCCUAUAGAACGACCGUACGGAGUACACAGUAUGACAUUGGAUGGAUAGUUCAGACAGACACGCAGGGUGGUUUGUGUUAGGGGGAGAGCUGAAACUCCCCCGCUGCGGAGUAGAAGACUUGGGCCAAAUUUGCGUGGGUGUGGUCGAUUAGGUAAUUAUCGGUCGGCUUUAGGAUAAA